AUGUUCCCAUACACCUGGGCUAUUGCCGCCAUUGUUGGCGCAUUAUGGCUCCGAUAUUGCCUACAGCGAAAGAAGCCCCGGCUCGACUUCCCCGUGGUCGGAGAAUCCGGGAAGGCCGACUAUUCUGACGCAAUUCUGGAAGGCUACCGCAAGUACUCGGGAAAACCGUUCAUUAUCCCCGUAAAGCCUCCGCGGGUGAUUAUGCCCAUGUCGACGUACAAGGAAGCCAUGUUGGCUCCAACAAGUCAACUAUCAUUCCUGCAAGCAGUGUACGACAUGUUUCAAGGCCGGUAUACGCAUCUCGGGGUGCAUCAGGAGCCAGUAGUUGCGACAAUCAAGUCCGAGCUCACCAAGAGCAUCGGCGAUAUUCUUCCUCUAAUCCAGGAAGAGAGCGACUACGCCUUUCGGAAGGAAAUUGGAAGCCCCGAGGACUGGACGGCUAUACCAGUUCAUGCGACAAUGCUGAGGUUUGUUGCGCUCCUAAGUGGUCGCAUAUUUGUUGGACUUCCUCUAUGUCGUGAGGAAGAAUGGGUUCAAGCGUCUAUCAAUUACACGCGAGACUGCAUGGCUGUAGCCUAUGUCUCUCAAAUGGUCCCUGAGCUUAUCCGGCCCUAUAUUGCGCCAUUCCUCCCUCAGGUAAGAAAGGCCCAGCGGGACCUCAAAUUUGCGCGGGAUAAGAUGGCUCCGAUCGUGGCGGACGUUCUCAGCAAGCACCGUCUUGAAAUGGACAAUACUACCAAGGCCGGAAGCCGAGGAGCCUUUGUCUCAUGGCUGCUUAACCAUAUGCCGGCUGAGCAAAAGAAUGCUGAGCGGGUCGGCAUCAAUCAGAUGGUGUUAUCUUUCGUUUCGAUUCACAGCACAUCAACAACAAUGACAUUCGCACUAUUUCACCUCGCAACAUAUCCAGAACAUAUUCAACCCCUGCGCGAGGAAUUGGAGCAUGUGGUAGCGGAAGAAGGACUCAAAAGGGACGGGAAAGGACAUGCAUACUUGACCAAGAGCUCCUUUCAGAAGCUCAAGAAACUCGAUAGCUUUCUUAAAGAAAGCCAACGUUGCAGCCCUCUUAUUCUAGUUACCGGCGCCCGGACUUGUUUGACCGAUUAUACCUUCUCUAAUGGCACAACGUUGCCAAAGGGUACUGCGGUUGCCUGGCCAUUGUGGGGUGUCUACAAUUCUGAAAAUACCGUCUCAUUGAGCCCCGAAUACAACGCAGAUGCUGGUAAUCCUGGUCCGGAAGUAUUCGAUGGCUUUCGGUAUGCCAGGCUACGAGAGGUUCCUGGACGUGAGGGAAGACAUCAGGCCGUCCUUACUAAUGAGGAAUCCCUCAAUUUCGGACACGGACAUCAGGCUUGCCCUGGGCGCUUUUUCGCCGUCUAUGAGAUCAAGGCAAUUCUGAUAGAAAUCCUCCGAAACUAUGAUAUCCGUUUGAAAGAUGGGAUGAAACCAAAAACAUGGAGCCGGGAGCUGCUCGUAAACCCUGACGUUUCUGCAAUGAUUGAAAUUAAGAAGCGUACAUCUUGA